ACUUCAAUAAAGAAACUUGCAGGCUGUAUUGACCUUUUCAACAACAAAACCUGAUCAUAUUCCCAAGUUUGCAUUUGCAUCGGUUUUGCACGUGUUGGUGAUUUUCAGACAUGGAAAUUGAUGAAAUAACAAAAGACAUUUUUGGACCAGAUGUGUUAGAAUCUACCGAUGAAAGAUCUAGCAAGAAAAGUAAACACUCUUCAAGAGUAGCUCAUACUUUAGAAUUAAUAAAUAAGUACAUUGAAAGUACUUUUUCAAAAGAUGCUCCAGAAAUAAAUGUGAAAGAUAAUAGAAUUGGCAGAAUUGGACAAAAUAUUGUCCAAUUUGAUAUGACAGCACGAACAGGAAUUGUUUCAAUCUCUUCUGAUAAACUUUGUGUUACUAGCAGAAGUAAUUUUAGCACAAUAAGAGCAAAUACAGCUGUAUAUCAAGGAAAGUGGAUGUACGAAGUUCAACUUAAGUCCAAAGGUCUCAUGCAAAUUGGUUGGAGUACAAUUAACUGUAAAUUUACUCUAGAAUCUGGAGUUGGGGAUACUAUUCAUUCAUAUGCUUAUGAUGGAGACCGCAUUAAAAAAUGGAAUUUGUCUUCAUAUUCAUAUGGAGAAGAAUGGCAAUUAGGAGAUAUUAUUGGAUGUGCAUUAGAUUUAGAUAAUGGAAAUGUUAAUUUUUAUAGAAAUGGUAAACAUCUUGGACUAGCUUUUGAGAAUAUAUCGAGGGGCGUUGGUUUUGCAUACUUCCCAACAGUAAGCCUUGCAUUAUCAGAAAUUUUAAGAGCUAAUUUUGGAUCUACACCAAUACACCAUCCUUUAGAAGGAUAUGAACCAUUACAAGCGAUUCCAGAACAAAAAAUACAUCAAGCUGUACUUUUGUUCAAAUGGUUUUCGAAAAUAAUAGAACAAAUAAAUACAAUUCAAAAUACAAGACAAAAUGUGAACAAAGAGAAUAUAAGCAAAGAAAAACUACAUGAUGAUAGUAUGAAAGUACAGAGCUAUUUAAUGUGUCUUUCAAAUUGUAUUUUAAAACGUAUAGGACCUUUAAUUUCAAUACCAUAUAUUACAGAACAUAUUGUAAUUUCUUUCAUACAAUGUCUUUCUGAAUCAGGAAAUUCUUCAUUAUUAACUUGUUUAGAUCUAUUAUGGAUAUUUCUUGAAGAGCAUGAACUCAAAAUGUGUUUAGAAGCUAUCAUUAUUUACUCACUGUCUACAGACAGACAUGUAUCUUGUUUAAUUGAAUAUUUUAAUCAAUAUAAAAGCUUGCUUCUUCUAACAAAUAUUUGUCAACAUACAUCAACGCGCCAGUAUUUACUAGAACAUUUGUUCUUUACUCAAGUAAGAUUGCCAAAUUUGAUGAAUAUUAAACCACCAAACAAAAAAGGACUGACUGACAUAAUUAGUGAUAUAUGGUGGGAAACAAAUCCUGUAGAUUUAACGGUUGAAGUUAAUAAAGAAAGUUAUUUCAAAGCAUGUCAACAAAUAAAAACUACAAUUUCCGAAUUAGAAGCAUUACAAGUAAAAUUUUUAAUAAUUCUUCUUGAUAAUUCUGAUGGUGAUGAAACAAAACCAACUUCAAGAACUUUAUUUUUAAGAAAAUUCAAGCAGUAUUUUUCUAGAAUAAACAGUACUUUGGAACCCAUUGUCGUUGAUCUUACUUAUCGACUUCUGGUCGCGUUAAAAAUUUUGUGUGAUACCGAGGUUGGAACAUCACCUGUUUAUGUGCCUUGCAGGGUAUUUUAUGAUGGAUCUAUCGACUACACCAGAUUUGAAAGACUGGGAGGUUUAGCGUCUCAUUUGAGUAAGAAGUAUAAAGAGGACCUAAUACAAUUGUUAGGGCACGAACAUGAAGUAAUUACAAUGGAACAAGCAGCUAAUUCAUAUAGCACGACAGCCGUUCGAAUUAACAUGAAUUCAAAUCAAGGAAGAUCGAUUGCCCUUAAUGCAACACCAUUAUCUAUGAACACUAUAAAUUCAUCUUUACUUGAAUUGCUUGAUACCAUUAUCUCAUUUUACAAUAGAGUAAUAAAGAACUCAUUGGUGAGAGCGGCGCAACUUAGAAAUAACAUGUUAAAAUAUAAUUCUGUUAGUCAAAACUUAAAGAGACAACUAGAAGAAAUUAAAAGAAAGGAGGAGUUCAGAUCUCCGUCAAUUGAACAAGAAUUACUGAGAUUAAUCAAUAUUUUCAAUGCUAAGUUGAAAAACCAGGGAAGAUAUAUGGCGUGGAUUCGUACUACUAUUUAUUCAGAAGAAAAACAAUUACAUCUAACAUGGCUUCUAAAAAUAGUCAUGUUAACUUUGACGAAUGCCAACUUAGAAGGAAAUAUGUUUAGUUUUGUUCCAGAAUUUUAUUUGCAGACAUUAGCUGAGUUGUGCGUCAGUUUGCGAAAUUACAUGCAUCCAACGACACGUAUUGAUAAAAUUCCAGAUUAUCAAGAAGUAUUUUUAAAUAUAGCUAACUUUCUUUGCCAUCAUUUCAUGGAUUUCCGUAUGGUAAACGUGGAGUGUCAGAACAUGUUACUUUUAAUGUUAGCUGGAUUCAUAUUUAAUCCAUUUACAUUAGAAGCUAUGGAAAAUGUGCCGGAAGAAAGUCGAGUAAAGCUUGUCACAAACUUAGUGAAAUCAUUUGGAAAGAGAGUAUGGGCUGAGUCAAAUUGGAUUUUAGUCAGAUUCUGGCAAGGUAAUGGCUUUGCCUUUCGAUAUGAAAGAAGCCCGCAUCUUCGGAAAAGAAUUAAACUGAGAUCAGUUGAACAAGAAACAAUGUCACAACCUAGAAAACCAUGUCCAUCCGCUGUAUAUCAAGGCCAUUUAAGAGAUAUAUUAGUGAAAAAUCGUCAAGAAACGACAGUGUUCUUGAAUUGUAUAAUGAAUCUACUGAACUGGAGUUUCUCCGAAUUUAUUGGAAUGAUUCAAGAAAUUUAUAAUAUUUCAUCAAGGCCAGAAAAAGUUUACAUGCAACCUAAACAGUUAAAAGUUUGCGUCACAUGUUUCGAUUUAACGAUUUCGCUGUUGAGAGUUUUGGAAAUGAUCAUUACACUGGUUCCAGAUAUCUUCGAUAAUUCACAGUUUUUCAGAGAAAAUCUGUUGUUUAGAUUGUGCCAAUUACUUUGUCAAGUUUUAAAUAGGAUCAGCUCAUACACUAGCUGUUUUAUAAAUGUUAUGUUAUUGGAAAUACCAUAUUUAGAUGAAGUGGAUCACUUUCCAAUAUUAACUGCAGUUAUAGGUGUUUUUUUGGCAUUACUCAAUGAAGAUAUGAUCAAUUAUAAAUUAAAAACCGUGACAGAAGUACCAAAGAUUACUCAAACCUUAUUAUUAGAAUCGAAUUUUCAAAUGAGCACCUUGCGUUUUACAUUAGGAGAUUCAACAGAUGAAAAGAAGCAAAAAAAAAUACAGUUUUCCUUUUUAGAUUAUACAAAUGACGUAACAGAAGAAGAAAUUAAAAAAGUGAAAGAUAUGAUUGAAUACUUAGACGAGUGUCUUGCCAUUUUACCAAAGCCAAAAAUUUCGAGCGACAAUACUGAUAUUUGCACUAUAUGUUAUGCACAACCUAUAACAGUAACUUUUAAACCUUGCAAUCAUCAAACGUGUCGUACUUGUAUCGAGAGACACCUCUUAAACAGCAAAUCAUGCUUUUUUUGUAAAAAAGAAAUUUUAAAAGUCAUAAAUUCUGAUGAUGAUGUGAUACAUAACUUUAACGACUCGGAUGAAAAUAUGUCCUCGUGAAAUCGUAUUAAUGCCAUAACAUAAUCGUGGGAAAAAUUAUAAAAAUAAAUUUCUU